AUGCCUUUGCGAGAUGUGUUACUGUCCACCAAAGACAUCAGCAAGCCAUUCACUGCGCCGACAAGUGUCUUGCGCAGCCCGGAAGAGAACCUGAACAUUUGGCAAUUCAUGACUGUGAGGUGGAUGACACCCAUGCUCAACAUUGGUGGCAAGCGACAGAUGGAGGACUCAGAUGUCUGGUCUCUGCCAUAUGAGUUUCAGCAUGCACGUCUGCACGAAAACUUCAGAGUGCUUCGUGGUACCGUCAUCAAGCGGUUGGUGACAGCUAACGGAAUCGAUCUUGUCAUCGUGACCAUCCUGGGGUUCGUAGAGAAGGUUCUCGAUUACGCAGCGCCAUUCUUCCUCCAGCUCAUCCUCAGUUCCAUGGAGGACCCGGAGCGCCCCAAAAGAGUCGCCUUAACAUAUGCCGGGCUCUCACUCGUGGCAAGGCUGUUGGCUGCGCAAGUUGACGUCUUCCAGCUGUGGUAUGGCCGGAGGGCCUAUGAGAGAAGCAGAGGAGAGAUGAUUACAAUGUUGUAUGAGAAGACGCUGGGAAGGAAGAUGGCUUUCAAGCCUGUCGAAAAGAUCGAGCCAGUGCAGCACAACGGCACAUCAAGCGGACAUGCCAACGAUGAGCUGACGCCGAAGCCGAGGGCAGACUGGUGGACCAACCUCAUGCGACCGCUUCGGAGCCUCCUCCAGAAAAGAGACGCGUCUCCGCCAGUCAAGGAGCCGGCAUCGAUGGGCAGAAUCUUGAACUUGAUGCGCAAUGAUGUCUACGAGGUAGCGCAACGCUUUUGGGAGUUCGAUAAACUCAUCAAAAAGCCAGUUGCCAUUAUUUUGUCCAUAUGGCUUGUCGUCAACUAUCUCGGAUGGGCAUCGAUGAUGGCGGUCGGUCUGGUUAUACUGGCACAGGUCAUGAACGCGAUUCUUGCGCGUGUUCUCACUCACUACGAAAAGAAACGCCGUUUCGCAACAGAUGCCAAGCUACAGAUUGUCUCACAAUUUGUCGAGGCCAUCAGACACCUUCGGUGGUAUGGUUGGCAAGAUACGUGGCUCAACCAAGCGUUGAAUGCUCGUCAGAAGGAGCUCAUGCUCCGAAUCACUGCGAACGCAUGGAACGUCGUCAUCAGCUUCGUCAACACCUUGUCCUACGACCUUGUGCCGGUGCUGGCGUUCUUCACAUACACCGUCAUUGCUGGCAAGCCUUUGACCAUUGACAUUGCGUUCCCCUCGAUACAGCUGUUUAGUAUGAUGACGAGCGAGCUGCGCGAUGUUCCCGGUCUCAUCGUGGCGCUGAUCAAUGCAUGGGUCGCCGUGCAGCGCAUCGAGGACUUCAUGGCCGAGCCGGACCUGCAGGAGAUGGCAACAGAAGCACUCAUCGGAGAUCAGCUAGCUAUAGAUCAUGCGUCCUUCGCAUGGCCCGGUGCUACGGGGACGGUCUUGAAAGAUGUCAAUAUCUCGUUUCCUGAAGGCUUGACAGUGAUAUUUGGCGAGGUGGCAGCAGGCAAGACUGCUCUUCUACAAGCACUUCUGGGCGAGCUCGACAUGCUAGAGGGUCAGCUGAUUCGGCCUCCAGAGCCCAUCGGCUACUGUGCACAGACCGCAUGGCUUCAAAGCAUGAGCAUUAGAGAGAACAUUCUCUUUUCGGCACCGUAUGAGGUUGAAAGAUACCGAGCGGUGCUAGAUGCCUGUGCACUUACCCCCGACUUGGCCGAAUUCAAGGCUGGAGACUUAUCCCUGAUCGGCGAGAACGGCAUCGGAUUGUCUGGGGGCCAAAAAGCACGAGUUGCGCUUGCAAGAGCUGUCUACAGCAAGACCAAGAUCCUGUUGCUGGACGAUCCGCUUGCUGCGCUGGAUCAGCAGACCGCAGAGUCCAUUGUGCAGCAGUGCUUUCGCGGGCCUCUUCUCAAAGGGCGCACAGUCGUUCUCAUUACACAUCGAACGGAUCUCGUGCUCGGCAUUGCCGACCAGCUCAUCAAGUUGGAACAUGGCAUGGCGUCCGUCAUGGAUCAUGAUGCCGCGGAAGCCAAACAGUCUGCUAUGUAUGAGCAAAAGCCGGAUCUCACAGCGGACGAAGAACGUGCCCAGAAGGCAGCAGAAGCCGCGAUUCCGGCCAAAUUCGUCGAGGAUGAGUAUCGAGCUUAUGGCGGCGUCAAGGCGUCUGUAUACUGGGAGUACAUACGGGCGGGUAAUCUGUGGCUAUGGGCACUCACGAUCUCGAUACUGGUCGUCUAUCGUUCCUUCGCAUUGCUCGAAGCAUGGUUUAUCAAGUCAUGGGCCGAAGCAUACAACACCAAAGCCAAAGCAGAAAUGUUUAUUCACUCCGCAGACGUCGGAUAUCACACUUCCGACAUCUUUGAUGGUCUGCCGCCACCGGAAGUGAAUAUUAAGCCCUGGUUGUUAUGCUUUUUGUUCCUCGCCAUCGGCCAGUCAUUGGGCUAUGUGGCUUCACAAGCAUCACUUAUGGUCAUUGUCUACGUUGCAGCCAAGAAUAUGUUCCGAGAUGUGAUGGAGAAGGUGGCGUACGCAACAUUUCGCUUCUAUGAUACCACGCCGGUAGGCCGUCUGAUGAACCGCAUGACUUCUGACAUUGGCGUGAUUGACGGCGGGAUCAGUCAGCAGUUCUCUGCUAUUAGCUGGAUGAUGAUCAGCUGGAUUUCGGCUGUCGUAGUCAUCGCCUCGAUUACUCCCUCAUUUCUGGUCUUUACUCUCGUCCUGGCGGUACUGUUUGCCCUCAUCUUCAGGCACUUCAUUGGGACUUCUCAGAAUCUGCGUCGCCUCGAAAUGGUUUCGUUGACACCGCUUAUGUCAAACUUUGGCGAGCUACUCAAUGGGUUAACCACGGUGCGCGCCUUUGCGGCUCAAUCUCGAUUCCAGCAUCGUGUGAUUCACGUAGUGGACACUUUCCAGAAGAUGGACCACUUUUACUGGUCUAUACAGGCAUGGCUACAAUAUAGAUACGAUGCUCUGGCGUCUUUUGCGAACUUUCUGCUGUUGGUGCUCGCCCUCGCAACAGACUUGUCGCCAGGCCUGACAGCUUUUGCACUGCUUUCGGCCAACAAGUUCGUCUACACUACUAAUGGUUUAUGUCGUCAGUACGGGCAGCUCCAGAUGGAGUUUGUGAGCGUCGAGCGAGUAGUCGAACUUCUCCAUCUCGAGCAGGAACCCAAAGGAUCUGUCAGUCCACCUGCGUGGUGGCCCUCCUACAAAGGUGAUGUUGUGUUCAAGGAUGUGCUAAUCAAGUACGCACCGCAUCUGGACCCGGCCUUGGACAGCAUAUCCUUCACCGUGAAGGGUGGAUCGAAGACGGCGAUCAUCGGCCGUACUGGAUCCGGCAAGAGUACACUGGCACUUUCUCUUCUCGCGACGAUCAUACCGGAAGUUGGAGCAAUACACAUCGACGAAAUCGACCUUGCUCAAGUUGAUAAACAACUCCUUCGCACCCGAGUAACGUUCCUCGCCCAGGAUCCAGUGCUGUUCCCAGGAACUAUGCGCAUGAACCUGGACCCGGUCAAUGAUCAUACAGACGAAGAGUGCGAAACUGUACUGAGCCGAGUCUGCGCGCGGCAAGGCUGGCAAUUGAACACCAACAUUGAAGCUGGUGGCAAGAAUCUCAGCCAAGGUCAACGCCAACUCGUCGGUCUUGCGAGAGCUGUUCUGCGAAGAAGCGCCAUCAUCAUUCUCGACGAAGCGACUGCGUCUAUUGAUCGAGAUACGGCAAUGCAGAUUCAACUUGUCAUGCACGAGGAGAUGCAAGAAUCCACCGUGAUCACCAUUGCUCACAGGCUGGAAGCUGUUCGGAAUGCCGAUUACUGCAUCGUUCUGGGAAAAGGCAAGAUUCUUGAGCAAGGACCAGCAGUAGAAAUGUUGAAAGAUUAUAGAAAAGACAUGGUUGACGAAGUAGACGAUUUAGAUAGACGGCUGAGGAAUGUAUCAUUAAAUAGACUGAUCCCCUGGUAA